CGCAAAAGAAACUGCGUGAUUCGAAAUAAUAUACUUUGAAAGUAGUGCAGAAAUUUAAUCAUCGUGCUCAUGAUAUUUGUAUUUUUUUUUAUUUUAACCGUUAAUGAACACGCCCAUUGUCAGUUCAAGACGAUGUUACACUGAUCGGAAAAUUCAUAUUAGACAGUAAAUAAAAUUGAAACAAUUGUUGUGUAAAUCAAUCCAGAAGCGUGAAACAAAAACAGUCAACCAGAUUUAUUAUACCUUAAGAUGUUGAGAAAGUUUUUUUUAUUCAGAUUCUUACAGCCUAAAGUUUUUGUUUCAACUGAGCUCCCACUUUUCAGCAGUGAAUGAAGUGAUCAAAUGGACACUCCCGGAGGAUUUUUGGCGAACAGUUGCAGGAGAGGUCGUCGAGGAGUAUGUGUGUCCGUUGUGGUUUUUGGGGCGAUUAUCGCCUGCGUUCUGCUGGCAUUUACCGCCUUCGCAUCGCCGGCUCAUACUUCAAGAAAUCUUCAGCAAGUGCUUAUAGUAUUUCGACACGGUGACAAAAACCCCGCUGAAACGUAUCCGAACGAUCCGUAUGCGAAUCACGAGUGGCCAGACGGUUGGGGUGCAUUGACCAAGAAAGGAAUGCUUCAGCUUUAUACACUGGGUCAGCGGUUGCGCGUAAUGUACAGAUCAUUGCUCGGGGACAAGUAUCAAAGCAAGGAUCUUCUGGUGUACAGCAGCUACGCCGACAGGUGCAUCAUGUCGGCACAAGCGCUUUUGGCAGCGCUUUACCAACCAGGAACCGAGGAUAUGUUUAUACCGGGACUUGCGUGGCGUCCGAUUCCCGUCCACACCAUACCAAGGCACAUAGACAAGUUGAUCGUGGCUAAAGCACCUUGUCCACGGCUAGACAGAGAGCUGCAGCAGGCCUACUUGAAUUUCAGUGCAAGCGCCAACGGUUCGUUGGAUACUAUGUACAGGGAACUGUCAGGCUAUACUGGGAAGAACAUAGCCUCGGUACUGGACGUUGAGUUGUUGUACAACUUACUAGAGAUUGAGGUGCUAAACAAUCUGAAGCUUCCUGAGUGGGCUAAAGACUACUACAACAAUCGGACUAGAGAACUUGCUGCGCAGAGUCUGGCCUUGUUCACCAGCAAUGUGAUGCAGAGACGACUUAGAGGCGGUGAGUAUAAUGGAAGAUCAGGAGCUGCAGUGGACACAAAUCGUACUGUCGUUGAUGCAGGUCCGCUUCUGAAGGAAAUUUUGAGGAACAUGUGGAUGCGGCGUAACGGCACAGAUGAUCGUAAAAUGUACCUUUACUCGGCUCAUGACCUUACACUUGUCACAAUUCUGAGGACAAUGGGAUUCACCGAGGAAUUAACGCGACCGGAAUACGGAGCUGCACUGAUUUUCGAGUUGUACACAACGGCCGGUGGUCAAGACCACGAAGUCAGGAUAUCCUAUUUGAACAACACGGAAACUAAUGUUCCUCAUGUCAUGAACGUGAAAGGAUGCGGGGAACCUUGUCUGUUGGAGACUUUGUUCGAAGUAUGGGAACCAGUCUUGCCUCAGGACUGGAACAGCGAAUGCUUGACCUAAGAAAAUCAAAUAUUCAUCGAUAUAUGGUGACCCCGAAUGGUAAUGGAAAAGUGUUUGUGCGUAUACGGUACUUUCCUUUAAGAAUCGGACUGUUUUACACAGCACUCGAGAUAUCGGUUAUAUCACCGAAUCACGGUACUAAAGCAGGUAUUGAUCUGACUAUACGACUUCAUAUACUAAAAGUGCGUUCAUUCGUUAAUAUUUUGUACAAUUUGAUAAGCCUAAAUUAUAUGCGAAGAUAAGAUAACGAUAAUGUAUUCCUUUUUAACUAUUGGAUCAGUGUAUCUGAAAUCGAAACGAACUAUGUUCAUUGAUAUUGGGAAAAGUAUAACUGGAUAUCAGCGGAAGAAAAUUAUCAGAAGAUAACACGCUAAUUUGCUAUGGACACGAAUGUAGCCUAAAAUAGUGGAACAAAAACUAACAGAAGGUCGUUGCUCCGAAGAAAUUCAACGGUAACCUUUCUUUUUUAUAGCAAAAAACUUUAAAAAAUCGGUCAAAUAAAUGUAUAUAUAUAUUUUUUUUUUUUUUGCGAGUUAUGAAGCACUGAAUUUUUCAUCUGAGAAUUGAUUUCAACUGUCCUAAUAAUGUUAACAAUUUGAUUCCGAGGAGGCCAAACGACGUCUACAACAUUGUAGAACGUAGCUUAGAAAUCAACGAGUCUCAUCUGUUUCAUAUCCUCGGACUUCAAAAACGGUGGAUUCUCUUCGAUUCUCUUCUUCUAGUAUCCAAGCACAGUCCUUUGAAAACUUACAUAAUAUAAGAAAACAGUCAGGUAAUAUCACAACUAAGUUAGAGAAUUACAAAUGUAAGAUAAUUAAAGAAAUAAUCAGGCAACAUGUAACGGAAUAGACAUUACUAAGUAUUAGACAACACGAUAAUUAAUAGAUAAGGAAGACACGACAAUUAUAACGAAUUAAGAGAAGAGAACAGAGAAAAGUGUAACACAAAAUAUUAUAAAUGAUACAUAAAUGAA